GGGGCGGGGCCAAGCGGGCACCGGGGCCGGGACCGGGACCGGGACCCGGCCGGGACCCACGUGCAGCGCGGACCGAGAUGUGGCCGCUCCGCCUGGGCAGGACCCUGCAGCGAUGGGGGGGCCGGGUGGGCCCCGGCAGCCAGCGGGCACAGCACGGCUCCGCCGCCGCCGCCACCAGGCAGGUGCCCGGCUGGACGGGGCAGGAGAGCCUGGCCGAGAGCGACCCCGAGAUCUGGAGCCUGGUGCAGAAGGAGAAGGAUCGGCAGUGCCGGGGGCUGGAGCUCAUCGCCUCUGAGAAUUUCUGCAGCCGGGCGGCGCUGGAAGCCCUGGGCUCCUGCCUCAACAACAAGUACUCGGAGGGCUAUCCUGGGAAGAGGUACUACGGGGGGGCCGAGGUGGUGGAUCAGAUCGAGCUGCUGUGCGAGCAGCGGGCGCUCGAGGCGUUCGACCUGGACCCCGCGCGCUGGGGCGUCAACGUCCAGCCCUACUCGGGGUCCCCGGCCAACUUCGCCGCCUACACGGCCCUGCUGCAGCCCCACGACCGCCUGAUGGGGCUGGACCUGCCCGACGGGGGCCACCUCACCCACGGGUACAUGUCCGACGUCAAGAGGAUCUCGGCCACCUCCAUCUUCUUCGAGUCGAUGCCCUACAAGCUUGAUCCGGCCACGGGGCUGAUCGACUACGACCAGCUGGAGGUGACGGCGCGGCUCUUCCGUCCGCGGCUGCUCAUCGCGGGCACCAGCGCCUACGCCCGGCUCAUUGACUACGCCCGCAUGAAGAAGGUGUGCGAGGAGGUCAAGGCGUACCUGCUGGCGGACAUGGCUCACAUCAGCGGGCUGGUGGCGGCCAAGGCCAUCCCCUCGCCCUUCGAGCACGCCGACGUCGUCACCAGCACCACCCACAAGACCCUGCGCGGCGCCAGGUCGGGAUUGAUCUUCUACCGCAAGGGCGUGCGCUCCGUGGAUAAGAAGACGGGGAAGGAGACGCUCUACGACCUGGAGGACAGGAUCAACUUCUCCGUGUUCCCCUCCCUGCAAGGGGGCCCCCACAACCACGCCAUCGCCGCCGUGGCCGUGGCCCUCAAACAGGCCAGCUCCCCGGCUUUCCGGGAGUACUGCCAGCAGGUGCUGAGGAACGCCAAGGCCAUGGCCCAGGCGCUGCUGCAGCGUGGGUACACCCUGGUGUCAGGUGGCACCGACAACCACCUGGUGCUGGUGGAUCUGCGGCCCAAGGGCAUCGACGGGGCGCGGGCGGAGCGGGUGCUGGAGCUCGUGUCCAUCACCGCCAACAAGAACACGUGCCCGGGGGACAAGAGCGCCCUGACCCCGGGGGGGCUGCGCCUGGGUGCCCCCGCGCUGACCUCCCGCCACUUCCGCGAGGAGGAUUUCCAGAAGGUCGUGGAGUUCAUCGACGAGGGCAUCAUGCUGGCCCUGGACGUCAAGAGCAAAACCAGUAAGCUCCAGGACUUCAAGACCUUCCUGCUGCAGGACCCCGAGACGCAGCGGCGCCUGCGCGACCUCCGCCAGCGCGUCGAGACCUUCGCUCGUGCCUUCCCCAUGCCCGGCUUCAGCGACCACUGAGGGGGGGGGGAACUCCCCUCCUGCUGGGCUGGGGUCACUGGGGGGGCGAGAGGGGGCUGAAACCCACCCUCUGCCUUCCCCACUCCCCUUCGUCCCCCUUCAGCACCUUUGGGCGCUCC